CAUGCGCUAGAAACCCAGUGUGGCCAGACAACAAAAUCGUUCUCCCCAGGGGCCCCUGCCAGCUCCUUGCUUCCCGAACCCCGCAGCACCAGCUUCGACACGGGAACCCAACCGACAAUCGCAAUCUUGCGAAAGCACUUGAAUGCUCGGCGCUCGCUUUGAACGUGUCUAACAAAUGUUAGGAGUCGACCGAGAAUUCGGAACACCCAUGCGUCGUGUUGAGUGUCUCGAGUUUGGAGACGUAGCCGCGCGAAAAAAGAACAUAUUACCUACAUACCCUAAAGACUUUCAAUUGAUUGAACUGGACAGUACUACACUAGUACUGUACUUCCGUUACGCUGGCCCAGUACCACAGUUACUGUGGAGCCAAUCACACCUCUUCCCGUUGCAUCCCGCUGCUCCACUCCAAAUUCUGGGUCCUGGCACAUGCUCACGAAACAUACGAUAUCUGCAAGCAACACCCCGCGCUUGCGCCCGACAUGGCGUUACUGGGCCUCUCAUUUAUUCUUGCGUCUUUGGUUUGGCUCUGCAUGCGGAGGCCGGCCUGGUUCCCAUCCAUCUUCGGGGGUCCACCGCGGUCUGCGAUCCAGCCGCCGCCUCAGGAGUCCCCAGAAACCGGGAAACCGCGAGAUGGCCCCUUAGAUGCGGAUAGCAUCACGACAGCCGGAUCCAAUCAGGAGUCCGAGCCGAACGGGCCACAGGCUGCGGUUCAGACUCCCGUAAAUGGUCUGCACGUGAACCAGCACCAAGCAGGCUUUGACGCAGGCCACGGCUCCCUAAACACGGAUUCAAGCCGGGAUGAGGAGACAACGCCCAAAGCCUCGGCAACCACACCCGAUAUUCCCGUGCCCUCAUUCGCACUCUUCCCGUCAGAACCGUCCUCCGAUGCUCCGACUCCCAGCGGUUUGGCGCCGGUGCCGGCGCCAAGCGCACACACGCUGAUGCCCCCUCCCCCGCGCCCGCCGACCCUCCGCCCUCCUCAGACAAGUAGCACUUGCUCCAGCGUGCCGUCGUUAUCGCCCACUCCCCGCCGGACCGGCAACCUCCCUAUCUCUCAACGGGGACAGCCUGGCUGCUCGACCCUCGCGCCGCCGCCCACGCACUCCUCGAAACCCGCCAAACCCUCCCGCGCCGUCAUGCUCUCACCGGGCCAUUCCCCACUAGACUGGGCGCGCCUCUCGGGCCACCCGACCGCCGACCUCCGCGGCCUACCGCCAGCUACUCCCUACCUGCGCGUCACGCCUAGCAUGCUGAAGAAGCAGACGGGACGGAAGGGCAAGGACGCGUGGACGGUGUUGGGGGGUAGGGUGUACAACAUAUCGCCGUAUCUCCCCUUCCACCCGGGCGGAGAGCCAGAGCUGUUGAGGGGUGCUGGGAGGGACGGGACGCGGUUGUUUGGGGAGAUCCAUCCGUGGGUGAACUACGAGGGGAUGCUGGCUGCCUGCUUGGUCGGUAUAUAUGUACCCGAGGAAGAAGGGGGUGAGGGUGCUCGGGGUGGUGGCGGUGCAGUCGGAGGCGAUUUGGAGGCUAUGGAUUGAUAUCCGGAGCUUGGUGGGCCACCAAGUGAGCUCAUGCUCUGCCUGUGCUAGGAGGACCGCUGACCUCUGUCCAUGGGCCACGGGGAUGAGCCACUUACAUCUAACCUGUAUCUCUGGCUAUCGUACAUGCAAAUCACGGGAAUAGAGCAUAGAAGAUGCCUGUAGAAAUAAAUAAUACCUGAUAGACAGUAAAUAUGCAAGGUCAUUUAU